CCCGCUUGUUCCAAUUGAACUCGGGCGGCACAGCUUCCAGGCCACUUCUAUGGCCCCUAUCUCCUUUGCUUCAUUGGCCUUCCUAGGGCUUCCUUGGCUUUGUUUACACUGCGGCAGAUGUGCGCUUAGCUCUUCUACGUGGAUCUUACGGUGGCCUACUCCGACGUGCCUGUGGAGAUCAAUAGAUCGACAGUCAUGGAAAGGCUUAGUUCUAGGCUAGGGAUUAUCUAGUCCGGCUUACAUCGUGUUCGCUCAUCCGAACUAGGACGUCGUUGAAGGCUGCGCAGUUGCUAUAAAGACGGACCAUUUCCAGAGGUAAAUUGAAACCCAUCCAUCGCUUUCCUCAAUCAUCGAUCAGUCUCCUCAAGCACCCAUCACUUUCCUCAAUACAAUCGUUGUAAUCCAAAACUUUCGCUCCAGUCACCAAGAUGCAGUUCACCAACGCCCUCAUCGCAUUGUUUGCUUCUGCCACCUUUGUUGCUGCCGCGCCCGGAGGAGGCUGGAACAGCAAACAGGGCUGGGGAGAGACCACCAAAGGUGGCUGGGGGGAGACUACCUGCAGCACUGAAUACAAGACCUCUACGUACCUCGAGACCAAGACUGUCGAGGUCCCUUACGUCUACACCACCAACAUUGUGAAGAGCUCGGAUGUCCCAUGCGUCGAGACUAGCACUGGCGAAUAUACCAAGACUUGGGUUGAGACAUACUACAAGACAAAGACCACGGAGGUUCCUUACACCUCUCUCUACACGACCGACAAGGUUGAGUACAAGACUUACCCAGAGGUCUACACCACCCAAAAGCAGGAGGCAUCGGUCUGCACCGAGACCAAGACAUACCCUGUAACCCAGUGCGCCACCCCGUCCGCGAAGGGAGGCUGGUAAACUGCUGUACCCGGCGCAGUACAGUUCCAGAUGUUUUUAUGGGCAAUCAGUGAUUAAGGGAUCACAUUCCUUGGCAUUUUUACGAGUAGCGACGGGCGGGUACACAUUCCUUAGUAUAUAAUCAGUAUCGACACGAAGUGACCAGGAAAAGCAUCUUGAACGAAUAAUCAGUAAUAAAACGAAUCUUCAAAGUCAUCC